UGUCUCCACUGCUGAAUGCUGCAAGGCAGAGAGAGAGAGAGAGAGAGAGAGAGAGAGAGAGAGACUCGUGGGAUGCUGAUGAUUGAUCCGGACUAAGUGGAUGCUUUCGAUGCGGCUUGCAGAUGUUUUCCCCUCCAGUUAGUUCAACAUGCUGAUGCGCACAAUGAGACCUGUUCUUCUCCUCAUAUGUCUCUCAGACACGGUAGUGUGAGCAGCAGCUGCGCACUGUAUGGGAACGCCGGGUCAUCGAUGCAGAACUCCUCAGCGCUGUUCGGGAUGGUCAGCCACUGUCAGACCCCCGCGUUCACGGACUUCACCGGCAUGACGCUCUCCAUGUUCAGCGGCAAGGCGGACAUCUGUGCGCGGCGAGCCGGGAGCGGUGCUUAUGGAUCUCAGCUUUGCCGGAGCCCGCAUGACACCGCGACUCCCAUGACUCCCAAGCGACUCUGCGCGUCCGAGCCAAAAACGCAUGUGUCAGCCAAAGCUCCGCGCUCCUGCUUCUCUCUCGCACCCGUGCAAGUGAAUGGUGCCUUCUGCUCAGAGAAGGAUGUUGACGCUGAGGACACACUAAUGCGAUGUGGCCAGAACCUGCCACUGCCGAUGGGGGGUCAUUCAGGGGGGACUUACCCCCAGAGCCUCCACUGCGACAGACCGACCCCCGACCUCCAUCUGCAGGACGGCCCUCACCAAGACACAAGAUCCUCCUCUGUCUUCCACAGGACUCUGCCAGGAGCCUCACAUGGACUGAGCUGUGGCAGUGCCAGCACGGCACGCUCCUCUCUGCCUUACCUAAUCAAACAGGAGAAUUCAAUGGGCUAUAAAACCCCCAGCACAGGGUCAGGGGUUCAUAGCUCAUCUCAGGCCCGUUAUCAGAUUUGUAGAACAGGGGAAGGUUUGGGGGCGCCAAGGGACGUGACAGUCGUAGGUCCACAUGUUAGCAACAACGGCAGUAGCAUAUGUACAGCAGGCGGCGUCGGAAGUGCUGUGUUAAGUGACGCAGUUCAACCGUUUAAUAAUGAAGAUGGCUCCUCCCCACUGGCUUUGUCUCCUACUGGCUCCCAUCAUUCAGCACGGCUGCCCAGUGCGAACAGUCUGAAGAGACGCUGCCUGUCCCUGGCCUCACAGUCUAUUGCUGCUGCUGGAACUGGCAGCGUUGCUGCGACAAGUUCACCAUCAGCUUCUGGCGCCGCUUCCGAGGACAUCAAUAUCACCGCCAUCACCUGCUCCUCCUCCCAGAUGUCGAUGGUGGCCUGUGUCAACGGGUUACGUACUAAUCUCUCACCCAGCCACGCCAGCAGUGCCAGCUUCUCCUCCUCCUCCUCCUCCUCUUCUACAUCCCCACCCUCUAACUCCUGUUCACAAGAAGCCCAACAGAGGCCCCAAGCUCACGGCAGCCCCCAACAAACUACGGGACAGGAGAGCUGUCAGCUGUCCUCACCUGCCUCCUGCCUUUUAUCUCUUUCCUGCUGCUCCACGUCCUCCUCGUCAGUGUCAUCAGUGGAACCAGAGCAGGGCCAGGGGCAGAGCCAGGGGCCGUGUGAGGAGCAGGGGUCCAUGCUGCAGGGGUGUGGAGCUAGAGGAACAGCUGGGGGAGGAGUGGGAGGCUCGGAUGGGCUUGGGAUGUUGAUGAGUGGGGCUCUGAUGUCUGGGUCGCUGACUUCGGGGCCUGAAGCUGGGGUUCUUCUGGAUGGGGGCCAGAAAUCUGGAGCUGUCCUCAAGCAGGAGCCUCUUGAUGACUUCUCUCCCAGUGAAGAUGAACUCUUUCAGCAGCACUAUCACCAUCAUUUAAGUGGUCGUAGUGGGCACCUUCGUCACCCACAUCACCCCCCUCGAUCUGCCAUGCCUCCGCCCUACCACCUGCACCAAUACGUGGGGCCCAGCCCUGGGGGCCUGUUGCACAGCCUGAGCCAGCAAACAGCUUCAGCUUCCUCUCUAGGACACAAACAAACCUCUGGAUGCUCGUCUGGGUCCAUAGUCCCAGAACAGGAGGAGGCCGUUGGAGGUACGCUGGGGGAAAGGCAGGUGUGUCGCUGGAUUGACUGUAGCGCUGCGUAUGAGCAGCAGGAGGAGCUUGUGAGGCAUAUUGAGAAAGUUCACAUCGACCAGCGCAAAGGCGAAGACUUCACCUGUUUCUGGGCUGGCUGCAUUCGCCGAUACAAGCCCUUCAAUGCGCGGUACAAGCUGCUCAUUCACAUGAGGGUCCACUCUGGAGAGAAACCCAACAAGUGUAUGUUUGAGGGCUGUAACAAAGCGUUUUCACGUCUGGAGAACCUAAAGAUCCACCUGAGGAGUCACACAGGAGAGAAACCGUACCUGUGCCAGCAUCCCGGCUGCCAGAAAGCUUUCAGCAACUCCAGCGACCGCGCAAAGCAUCAGCGCACUCACCUGGACACGAAACCGUACGCGUGUCAGAUUCCCGGCUGCACCAAGCGCUACACAGACCCCAGCUCCCUACGCAAACACGUCAAGAUCCACUCGGCCAAAGAGCAACAGGUGCGUAGAAAGCUUCGGCCCUGCCCUCACUUGGAGCAGGAUGUCCUGAGCGACUGUUUGUCCAUGCAGCACCGUCAAAGCUCCGCCUCCUCGCAGCAGCUGUACAACGGCAAAGACGGUCGUUCUCCUGGACUGGGUCAAGACAUCUUCACAGGCCUGUACACUGGCUCCAGCACCCCCCAUCACAGCACGUCAGUGGAGCUCCUUUCCCCUAACCCCAACCCUGUGUCCACCACUGACCUGCCCUCCAGACACCACCGACUCGACCGUGACCACAGCAGCCCUCAUCAUCUGUCCCCGCUGACUGCUAUGGACGGCACAAGAGACAGUGUGUCUGCUCCCCUCCAGUCUCCUGGGAUAAAGGGAACAGGAACGCCUCCUCCUCCUCCUCCUCUGGAGAAACAGCAUGUUCACCCUCACCAAAAGCCCUACUCUCACUAUCACCACCAUCAGCCUGCUAACGAUGAAUAUCAAGGCAGCUUUCAGAGCUGCUUCCAUUUUGGAGACUCUUACAGGAUGGAGCAGACGGUCGGUGGUGUCCACAUCCCUGGAGAUUCUCACGCCUACACUUCCCAUCAGCACAAUGGCUUCCACAUGUCAACAAGCAACGCUAGCUCUACUAGCUUCACUUUGACCCAAGAGCUGCCAGGAAAUGCAGGGUGCCAGUUCUCUUCAAGCCCAGAGGAGAGCAUCUUCUUCCAGUGAAACUCCACACAUUUUGAACAUUCCAAUUGGUCCGGUUGUCCCGAGCUUCUGCGACUGUGAAGGAAACUCUCUAGUGUGUGACAAAAUAACCCCAGUGAUGCCAUGAGGGUCAUUAAGGACUGGACUCGAGACAGAUGCGUCACAGGCGGCGUCUGUUAUGAAUGUGGGAUGUGCAGUUUUAAAUAUGUGACUAUUUAGCCUGUGGGAAGAGUCUUCCCAAAGACACUGCUGAAUUGCUAGGAGAAGUGUAACAUCAGGUAUUUCAGACUGAAGUCAAGGUUUGCACAGUGUGCUUUCAUUCUGUCAUGAGCAAGUCCCCACACAUCAUGAAAGAACUACUGUUAAAUGUUCAACCCAUAAGUCCUUUGAGACUUUUUUUAAUCCAGUGUUUCAGAAUUCAAUGAGUAAGUAAUGAGUUGAAUGUGUUUAAUGCACAUUCAACUCAUUACUUACUCAUGUUAAUGUGUUGGGAUGCAAUGAGGCAAAGAAACUACGUGGAAGCGUCCUGUCGUUGUUAGUCAUUUUAAAAACACGGAUGUGCAAAAGCAACAGAACUUGGCGUCAGAACCACAUUUAUUGGUCAAGAACUCAUCGUGUACAAAGGAUUCUUCGACUCAUUUACAUUGGUGCUUACAUUCUUACCUGCCUGGUCUUAUACAUGCAGGUUUUCAGCUUUAAUACAACAUAAAACACCUGAAUGGACUUUAACUGAAAUGCCCUCUCCCUCCUCUCCUCUCUCUAAUCUGCAUUGUUCAAUCUAUUUAAGACUGAAGUGUAGAAAAGAAUAUAUCGUUUUGCUGUGCUGUUUUGACAGUGGAAAAAAAAAAAUGUUUGCAUUUUCUUGUUGUGUUUUGUGCUUUUGGGUUUGUUCCAUGAGGAGAGUUUGGGCUCACUAUUAUAUUCUGCGAUGUUGCAGAAACACAACCAUUCCUUAUUAUAUAUGUAUAAAUGUACAGUUUGUUUACAACAGUAAUUUGAAUGUUUGUCCUUUCUCAGUUUAAGGUAUAAUAAAUUGUUUGAUCACCGACUGGCUUUUUUUUUUUU